AUGGCAGCGCCGAAGCCUCGCACCACUCGGUCCAGGUCUCACAGGGAUGUUCCGGAUUUGGAGAAGAUGGACGCUGCUUACAGUUGGGACGCCCUUGAAUGGACCAAAAUUGAGCCUGUUCGGCGGUCGGUUUCGCGUGUCAACUUGGAUUGCUUGCUUGAAGCCGAACAAGUGAUUGCUGAGGGCUAUGGUGUUGUUCUAGUGAAUACUGAUGAGGCGGGUACCUUGUUUGUAACCAAUUAUCGUCUUCUAUUUCUAAGUGAAGGAACCAGGGAUGUUAUUGCCCUUGGCACUAUACCACUGGCGACAAUUGAUAAAUUCAACAAAAUAGUUGUGAAGACAAAUGCUGCCUCUCGCCAAUCUGAAAAGUCUUCACCAUCUAGGCGACUUCUUCAGGUCAUUGGAAAAGACAUGAGAAUUAUUGUCUUUGGUUUCCGUCCAAGAACAAAACAGAGGCGUAAAGUAUAUGAUGCAUUAUUGAGAUGUAUGAAACCUGCAAGAAUAUGGGAUCUAUAUGCAUUCAAGUCCGGGCCAUCCAAGUACAGUAAUACAGACCCAAAAGUUCGUUUGCUAAAUGAGUAUUUUCGGCUUCUUGGAAAGGGUUCCCUACAUGCAUCAAUGAGUAUGAUUGAAGAUGGAUCAUUUACAUUGUCCAAUGAAUUGUGGAGAAUAACCAAAAUCAAUUCCAAUUAUACUUUGUGUCAGAGUUAUCCAUUUGCAUUGGUUGUUCCUAAACAUUUUAGUGAUGAAGAGAUGUUGCAGGCUUCUACCUUUCGUGCUAGAUGUCGUUUGCCUGUUGUUUCGUGGUGCAAUCCUGGCACUGGAGCUGUUCUUGCACGUUCAUCUCAACCUUUAGUUGGUCUUAUGAUGAAUAUGAGAAGUAAUACCGAUGAAAAGCUUGUUGCUGCACUUUGCUCGAAUCUUGCUAGUGUUCAUGGGUCAUCACGUAGGAAGCUUUAUAUAGCUGAUGCAAGGCCUAGAAAAAAUGCUUUAGCAAAUGGAGCCAUGGGAGGUGGCUCGGAGUCUUCAUCAAAUUAUUUUCAAUCUGAGAUAGUCUUUUUUGGGAUUGACAACAUACAUGCAAUGAGAGAAAGUCUUACUCGGCUCAGAGAGUACUUGGAUACUCAUGGUGAAAAAUCAUCUGAUGGAAUGUCAUCAUUCUUGAGACAUGGUGGAUGGACUUGGGGUGGGGGUAAUCUUAGUAGCAUGUCCGCGUCGGUAUCAACCCUGGGAGAUAGUGGCUGGUUAAUCCAUGUUCAAAGUGUCUUGGCUGGUUCAGCGUGGAUUGCUGCACGUGUUGCUUUGGAAAAAGCAACUGUGCUAGUUCAUUGCAGUGAUGGCUGGGACAGAACAACACAACUAGUUUCACUUGCUAGCUUGCUGCUUGAUCCAUAUUAUCGGACGUUCGCUGGAUUUCAGGCACUGAUUGAAAAGGAUUGGCUAGCGUUUGGUCAUCCUUUCUCAGAUCGAUCUGGCAUGCCAACCAUAUCGGGAAGUGGUAACAUGCCAUAUGAACUAUCUAGGCAGUCUUCAACUGGAAGUUUUUCUUCUUCACCUAUGCGUCAGCCGUCGGGAGCAUUCAUAUCUCAAGCUUCCAGUCCUCCUCAUGCACAAACAUCAAACAACUGUUCUCCCAUAUUUUUACAGUGGGUUGAUUGUGUUUCACAACUUCUGCGCAUGUAUCCCUUUGCUUUUGAGUUCUCUUCAGCAUUCCUUGUGGAUCUGUUGGAUUGUAUGCUUUCCUGUCGCUUUGGGAACUUCUUAUGCAAUUGUGAGAAGGAGCGGCAGCAAUGUGCAGUUUCUGAAGUUUGUGGCUGUCUAUGGGCAUAUUUAGCUGAUUUACGAGCCUCGGAAGGAAGUUCACAUGUGCAUUAUAACCUCUUCUAUGAACCUACCAAACAUGAAGGCCCUAUCUUACCUCCGGCAGCAGCUCUAGCUCCAACUCUCUGGCCACAAUUCCAUCUUCGUUGGGCUUGUCCAAAAGAAUCCCAAGCUGGGGAACUUGAAGUCAGAUGCAGGAAAAUGGCUAUAAAAUUCUCUGAAAUGCAGAAGGACAAAGAAAUGGCCGAGAGAAAAGCCCAGGAGAUGACGGCUGCCAUGGAAUCAUUAAAAUCAGAGUUGCAAAACGAGAAACAAUUAAGUAUAUCUGCUAGGAAUGCUGCAAAAAGUGCAAGCAAAGAAUGUGAAGCCAUAAAGAGAGCAAUUCAGUCUCUAGGUUGCAAGGUUCAAGUCUCUAGUAAUGGUUAUUGUACUGUUGAUAUUGAGGGCGACCUGAUGAAAAAAUCCAACCAGAAAAGUCAUCCUGCUUCAAGAAGGGUUUCACAUCGUUCACUGCCAUCCCCCAGUGAAGAGAAUGACCUCUCCCUUUCUAUCACAGUUACAGCAGAUGAUGUUCCAAGUAACCCCCUCGGUCACAUCUGUGAAGCUCUUUGCCCAUUACGCACUCGGGACGGAGGGUGUCGGUGGCCUGAUGCUGGUUGUGCUCAUUUGGGUAGCCAAUUUAUUGGACUGAAGGCAAAUUUUGAUGCAUUCGAUCAACUAUCCAUAUAUGAUGGUUAUUUCAAGCCAGAGUGAACUACUUGGUUUUGGUAUGAACCGGAUUUUCUCGUUGCUCUUGCGAAGGAUAUACCAUUAAGUUAUAUGCGGUACCAGUCGCAUAUCAUGGACCCCAGUUAUUAGGAAAGGGUCUCAGGAUGGUGUACAUAGAAUGUUGAGUUAGCUGGCAAAUCAAAACUACCACACUUGUUCAGGGCUACACGGAAUAGGUUGGUUUAGUUAGUCAAAUUUUCUUGAUAGCUUGUUAGAAACUUGAUUGAGUUCCUGCAUAAAUUUGGUCUCUGUACAUGUUUUACUCGAGAUGUAUCAUUCUUUUACCGGCAACUACUUUUGUGAUUAAUAAUAGUAAUAAACCAAUGCUGGUUUUCAAUUCA